AUGUUGGGGAGUGAAGUAGGAGCUUGUAGACAACUGCUGAAGUGGUUUAAAUGUGAUAAUUCUGAAUGGAAAGAGGAUGAAAUCAAUGGUAUAGCUCCUGAUGCCCUCAGGUGGUUUCUCAGACACUAUUAUCAAGUCCUGGCUUUUAUGUUUGCUAUAGAAGAAAUCAACAGGAAUCCCAAUCUUUUGCCCAACGUUUCUCUGGGAUUCCACAUCUACAAUGCUUAUCAAAAUGAUGAGAGGACCUUGGAGAGUUCCCUCAUGUGGCUGUCAGGCCAGGGACAGACCAUUCCAAAUUACAGCUGUGAGAGGCAGAGAAAGUCUGUGGUGGUCAUUGGAGGAGCCACUUCUGAACUGACUUUCUCCAUGGGAACUCUGCUGGAGCUCUAUAAGCUCCCACAGAUCAGCUAUGGGCUCUUUGAUCCACUCAUAAGUGACCCACUUCAGUUUCCUUCUGUUUAUCAGAUGGCCCCCAGUGAUACUUCUCUUCGCCUUGCCAUGGUCAGAUUAAUGCUGCAUUUCCAAUGGAACUGGGUGGGUGUUAUUGCCUCAGAUGAUUCAAGAGGUGAGAAAUUCCUCAGGGAUCUUCAAGAAGAAAUGGCCAGAAAUGAUGUCUGUGUGGCCUUUAUGGAAAAGAUAACUACUAGAAAGUCAUCAAAUAAAGAAUUUUAUCAAUAUUUUGUACUCAGCAUAGCUUUUUCUGAAGCAAAUGUGAUUGUCAUUUAUGGAGAUACAAAUUCACUUUUGAGCCUGGCGUUUGUGGAAAAUCCUGUUGUCCCUAAAACAUUAUGUCUGACCAGUUACACUGUCUACACUGCUGUGUAUGCUGUGGCCUGGGCCCUUCAUGAGAUCUUCUUAGUGAGAUCAGAAAUGGAAUUCAACAUAGAUGGAGACAACAGGACAAUUCCCCCCCGGAAGCUCCAUUCCUUUCUGAAGAACCUUCAGUUUAACAAUAGUGCUGGGAAGCUGGUGGUCCUGGAUAAGAAGAGGAACUCUGUGACAAACUAUGAUGUUCUCAACUAUGUGACCUUUAGCAAUGAUACCGAAGUCCUGAUAAAAGUGGGAGAGUUUAUACCUCAAGCUCCACUUGGCCAAGAUUUAAUCAUCCAAGAGCAUGCCAUUACGUGGUCCACAAGGAAUAAAAAACUUCCUCAGUCCAGAUGCAGUAAAGUCUGUGGUCCUGGAUUCCAGAAGAAAGCCCAGGAGGGAAGGCCUGUCUGCUGUUUUAGCUGUGACCCCUGCCCAGACAGGCACAUUUCCAACCAGACAGAUGCAGAUCAGUGUGUGAAAUGCCCUGAAGAUCAAUAUCCCAAUCAGGAGAGGAAUCAGUGCCUCCCGAAAAUGAUGACCUUCCUGGAAUAUGAUGAUCCCAUGGGGAUGGCUUUGGCUUCUAUAGCUGCUUGCUUGUCUCUCCUCACAGCUCUGGUUCUCUGGGUCUUUGUGAGGUACAAAAACACCCCCAUAGUCAGAGCCAAUAACCGGGAUCUCAGCUACAUCCUGCUCAUCUCCCUUUUCUUCUGCUUCCUCUGCUCUCUGCUCUUCAUUGGUCGCCCAACAGCAGCCCAUUGCCUCCUCCGACAAACAACCUUUGGGGUCAUGUUUACAGUAGCCGUCUCCACUAUUUUGGCUAAAACCAUCAUUGUGGUUCUGGCCUUCAGAGCCACCAGACCAGGCAGCAGGAGCAGGAAAUGGAUGGGAAGCAGAGCCCCCAUUUCUGUUGUUCUCUUUUGCACCUUGAUUCAAGUCAUGCUCUGUGCAAUCUGGCUGCUGCUCUCUCCCCCAUUCCCAGAGGCAGACACACACACUGACCGUGAGCACAUCAUCCUGGGGUGCAAUGAGGGCUCCCUCAUUGCCUUCUAUUUUGUCUUGAGCUACAUGGGAGUCUUGGCCCUGGCGAGCUUCACUGUGGCCUUUUUUGUCAGAAAUCUCCCUGACGCUUUCAACGAAGCCAAGUUCAUCACCUUCAGCAUGCUGGUGUUCUGCAGCGUCUGGAUCACCUUCCUCCCCACCUACCAGAGCACCAAGGGCAAGAUGAUGAUAGUCGUGGAGAUCUUCUCCAUCUUAAGCUCCAGUACUGGCUUGCUAGCCUGCAUCUUCAUCCCCAAAUGCUAUGUGAUCCUUCUGCAGCCCCACAGGAACAUCAAGAACUCUUUAAAGAAUAAUGUCAAGGCUUGA